ACGAAGGAAGCAAGAAAUGCUGAAAUAGCCGCAGAUCCCCGCCGGCGAAAAACCAACGAACACCAGGCGGAUAUGGAUAUCCCGCAGAAAUGCUGAAAGGCCUAGGACAUACGAAGGGAAGGACCAAACAGUACGACGCAGUAUGCAGCCCCCGCAAGGCCUGCUAGUCCACGCUACAAAGAGGGUGAGAGAGGGAGAGAGAGAGAUAGAGCAAAGGGCGGGGCGACUAUUAGCUAGUACUAGUAGGGAGGAAUUAAGGCCAAACGACGACGACGCACGGCGGCAUGGCGGCCGGCCACCACGGGCAGCCGCCGGACGGGGAGGACGGGCGGCGGGCGGUCGUCGGCGGGGAGCAGGACCGGCUGCUGCCCAUCGCCAACGUCGGCCGCAUCAUGAAGCAGAUCCUGCCGCCCAACGCCAAGAUCUCCAAGGAGGCCAAGGAGACGAUGCAGGAGUGCGUGUCCGAGUUCAUCGGCUUCGUCACCGGCGAGGCCUCCGACAAGUGCCACAAGGAGAAGCGCAAGACCGUCAACGGCGACGACCUCUGCUGGGCCUUCGGCGCCCUGGGCUUCGACGACUACGUCGACCCCAUGCGCGGCUACCUCCACAAGUACCGGGAGGUCGAGGGGGACCGCGCCGCCGCAGCCGCGUCCUCCUCCCGCGGCGGCGGAGACCACCACCCCGCGUCCGCGUCCACGUCCACCUCGCCCGCCGCCGCCGCCGCACCCGGUCAUUUCAUGUUCGGCGCCGCAGCCAUCGACCGCCCCGACAACAACACCUCAUCCGCCAGGCCCUUUUGAUCCAACUUCUACUUCGCCAGCUGCUCUUUAAUUUGCUUGUUAUUCGUCAGAUCAACAACAAAAGCUACGCGCUUAUCUUAUUAAUUUUUACUACUGCUCAUUUUUUGAGAGGUGAAUCGUCAUAUCAAAUCCAAAUUACAAGCUA